GAAGAAUCCAACUAUUUUCCCGGUCAUUUUCCGACCUCUUCAAAUCAAAUUAACAACCUUUACACUCCAUCUCACCAAAUAAAUAACUUACUUCAUUGAUUCCACGUUAGUGUUUAUCUUCAUUCUUUAAGAACGAAGAAGUUCACAGUUCACACCGAAACGCGUUCGUUCAAACUCUCUUUUAUAUAUACUUUAAUAUAACUCUACUUUUCCAUUGCUUUUGUAUUUUCCGCGUAUCAAAAUCUGAUAAUUAGAACUGGGUCGAUGGUGAUUUUCCUUGUUGUUUCGAAGAGUAGGUACACUCUCUUUCCCUGUUCUCCAUUUUGGCCUUCACAAUUCAGCUUCGUUUUCUUCAUACUGAAAGUUGGGUAAAGCUUGGAUAUAAAUAUUUGUUCUCUGGUGGGAGACCAUGGAGUCCAUGGAGUCUUGUUCUGAUCAUCUUUAUCCUUUAACAAGUUUGCAGAUUGGGGAUAUAAAUACAAAUCUUUCCCGGGAAUUCUUGUAUUUCGCCCCUGAUAGUCAUAAGUUUUUCAUCCUGGUUGAUAAUCAAUCAUGGAGGAAGGCCAAGCAUUCAACAUCAACCCGCCUAAAGGCAUUGGUGACCACGAAAUACAGAACUUCACCGUUUAGAAAUACUAGACCUUUACUGAGGAGCUCAAGUUUCUACUCAAGUUCUUCUAGCCAUGAAACGAGGCGCUUUUUUAAAUGGUUUCCAACUUUUGACAUUGCUAGUUGGAGAGACAAGACUCCAUUUUCCAUUAAAACUUUGUACAAGGAAUUACAUGGCUUUAUUGUGUUCGAAGUUUCAUGGGAAGAUGUUCGGGGAAUAAAUUAUUCGAAUCAGCUUCAGACAGAUGGAUCCAUGGCUUUGGAAGUGAAAUCAUUGACAAAAUGGGAAUUCAACAGCAUUGAUCAAGCAUUGAGUUGUAUGUCAUCAUGGUUCUCAGGGAAUAUACCUGAAACACAGAUAUUGAGGAGCAAUCUAAUCCUUUUGCAAGGAAAAGUUCCUUCUCAUUCAAUGAAGGAAGUUGCUGAUUCUCCUAGUAAUUAUCUACUUAAUAAUGCAUCACAAGCUGAUGAGCCCUUACCUGAAGACAAAUUCUUCAAUGCCUGCGAGUCUCCUCUUGAUGAAAAUGACGCAGUUAAUAUGGAUCAGCAUCUAGAAGAACUAGAACAGUCUGGAAACACCAAACAAAAUGGGGAAUUGGAUAGCAAAAACAAUAGUGGUAGUGAACCAAUGUUAUAUGAGGACAUUCUUUUGCUAUGCAGGUUUGAAAAUAAAGAUCUUCCAUUUAAACUAAAGCAGGUAAUUACCUCAGAUUUGAAGCUUCUUACAUUAGUUGAGUCAGGUCUCCCCACUUGGGUUAUCUUUCUUCAAUCCUAUCCACUUUUCUGUGCACUUUAUCGUCCCUGGAUGAGACCUUUGUUUAGAACUAUCUACAUACUAAUCUCACUUGUAACGGUGCUAAUUGGAUUUUAUGAUCUCUAUAAGAAUGUCCCCCUGUUGAAGGCUACUAUCUCUCACAUUUGUGGUCCUUUUUUCAACUGGAUUGAAUCAUGGGAGAUGCUUUCUAGAAUCAAAUAUCUAGGGACAAUGUUGUUCCUCCAGAAUUUUGAAAAGGCUGUGAAGUUGCUUCUUAUGACAACACGAGCAACUAAACUGCUAGUUUCAGAGGUCUCAGAUUUUCUGCUGUACCCAAUUGAAGUGAUGGCUGAUUUCUUACUGCCACUAUGGAGGUUUUUAGCUGAUACAACGGAAGCAUCGUACAAUAUUGGAUUGCUUAUAGCUGAGUUCUUGCAUAGCAUAGUUGGUCUCUUAGUCGAGGAUUUGAUCACACCCUUGAAAGUUCUCUAUUCAUAUGUGUUGAGUUCAGCCACAUUAAUUCACCCAAUCUUAAGGUCCUUGUGGGAGUUAUGCCUCUUUUCUACACAAAGUUUUCUUACAUUGGCAAGUUACGUGGGUUCUCUGUUGUAUGAAAUGUAUGAAGUGCUUGAGAAUUGCUUCAUGGUGGCUGUCAGUACCAUGACUCAGCUUACAAAUCUUGUCUUAAUAAAGCCUCAGCCAUCCGAGUUCUCACUUUGGCAUUCUCUUUGGAAAGAUAUAUUCGCAAAGGUGUUUCGCUCUAUCCGAAGUAUUAUAAGCGUUCUAUCUGCUUUGGUUGCAUCCUGCAACAGGCAUAGACUGAGUAUCUACAACUACCUAAGAGCUAUACUUCGAAAGCUUUCCAAUCGACGUGGCUUAUCCUCUGCUAACUGCUCUUGUCACCAAUCAACUCAAUCUCAUAGACAGAUUAAGGUUCAACUUGAUGCUAAAGAAUGUGGACAUUGCAAAUGAGUUUAAUUCAGUUUGGCAAGGUCUCCUUUGUAUAUAUGUAGGCAUUUUUAUUGUGAUAUGACUUUUUGGUUCGAUCAAUAGUGUCUAAUAUAAUUCAUUAUGUAAAUAUAUCAGCACUUUCUAUUGAAAUGUAUAGCUAAUUAAUUAAUCUUUGUUGGCUUUUGUAAAAAUAAAAUAAACAAUAAUAAUCUUUGUUGGUUCUAGCAAAAUACAUUUACAUUCACAUUCGUUGA